AGUGUAGAGACAAUGAAUAAAUCGUCAGAGUACUCGACGGAAAAUUUUUCAUCAAUUCUCAGUGAUUUCUUUUUCCCAUUCUCAUUCUCUGUUUAGUUCUCGCGACGCGAGGAACAUCGGAAUAAUUUGUUACGUGCUCGUUUAUAGUUUUACUAAAACCCUUUUAGAUAAAUUUUCUUGUUGUUUCUACUGUCAAAGAAGUGAAUAAAAAAAAUUAAUAAAAAAUGUUUCAUUUAAAAAAUAUCGUGAAAACUCCAAUCGUCAACAAGGAAUUGACAAAAAUUCUACCGGUGGCUUUGAACAGCCACCAACAAAGACGUGGCUAUUCGGAUCAUCAAAUUCCCGAACGUCUCCAACACAUCCCAACAGCUCAAAAUCCGAAAUUCUUUGAUAUGGUCGAAUACUUUUUCCAUCGAGGAUGUCAAAUUGUUGAGGAUUCUCUCGUUGAAAAUAUGAAAGAAAGAGCAUCGCUCGAAGAGAAACGACAAAAGGUCAAAGGAAUCCUUCAGCUCAUGCAACCAUGUGAUCAUAUUAUUGAGAUCAAUUUCCCAUUACGACGGGAUAAUGGCGUAUAUGAAAUCAUUACCGGCUACCGUGCUCAGCAUUCAACUCAUCGUACACCUACAAAAGGAGGUAUUCGUUUCUCAAUGGAUGUUUCUCGUGAUGAAGUUAAAGCUUUGUCAGCAUUGAUGACAUUUAAAUGUGCAUGUGUCGACGUUCCAUUUGGCGGUGCUAAAGCUGGAUUAAAGAUCAAUCCAAAGGAAUACUCAGAACAUGAAUUGGAGAAGAUCACUCGACGUUUCACACUCGAGUUGGCAAAGAAAGGAUUCAUUGGACCAGGAGUUGAUGUUCCUGCACCUGACAUGGGAACUGGGGAGCGUGAAAUGAGCUGGAUCGCUGAUACCUAUGCAAAAACAAUUGGACAUAAUGACAUCAAUGCCCACGCUUGCGUGACUGGUAAGCCAAUUAAUCAAGGUGGAAUUCACGGACGUGUGUCUGCCACUGGACGUGGAGUUUUCCAUGGAUUGGAAAAUUUCAUCAACGAAGCAACGUACAUGAGUCAAAUCGGAACAACACCAGGAUGGGGUGGCAAAACAUACAUCGUGCAAGGUUUCGGUAAUGUCGGUCUUCACACAUGUCGUUAUUUAACCCGUGCUGGUGCAACAUGCAUUGGAAUCAUUGAACAUGAUGGAUCCAUCUUCAACCCUCAAGGAAUCGAUCCAAAAGCAUUAGAAGAUUAUCGUAUUGAACAUGGAACAAUUGUUGGCUUCCCAGGAGCUCAAGCUUACCAAGGCGAAUCAUUAAUGUACGAAGAGUGCGACAUUUUCGUGCCAGCUGCUGUUGAAAAAGUCAUUACAAGUGAUAAUGCCAGCAAGAUCAAAGCCAAGAUUAUUGCUGAAGCUGCCAAUGGACCAACAACGCCAGCUGCUGAUAAAAUUUUGAUCGAUCGUAAUAUUCUUGUCAUUCCUGAUCUUUACAUCAACGCUGGUGGUGUAACUGUGUCGUUCUUUGAAUGGCUUAAAAAUCUUAAUCACGUCUCAUACGGUCGUUUAACAUUCAAAUAUGAAAGAGAAUCAAAUUAUCAUUUGUUGGCUUCGAUUGAAGAAUCUCUUGAAAAGGCUCUUUCUGAAAAAUCCGUCCAAGAGUCUUUGGAACGUCGCUUUGGACGUGUUGGUGGGAAAAUUCCCGUAACACCAUCAGAAGCUUUCCAAAAGCGAAUUUCUGGUGCAUCGGAGAAAGACAUUGUUCAUUCGGGUCUUGAUUACACAAUGGAACGUUCUGCUCGUGCAAUUAUGAAGACAUCAGCUCGAUUCAACUUGGGACUUGACUUGAGAACUGCAGCUUAUGUUAACUCAAUCGAGAAGAUCUUUACAACGUAUCGUGACGCUGGAUUAGCAUUCUAAAUUAUCCAUCCCUUCCAUUCUUCUUAUUGCAUGAUGAAGACAUCAAAAAAAUUUAAUUUCUUGUUAAUUCCUUUUCUUCCUUCUUUGUUUGCUUUGUUGACGUGACCCUUCAUGGGUGUCUUGUUUUAUUUAGAUUAAAACCUCUUUAAACAAAUUCAACUGCUGAAUUUCGUUUCAAGUAACAGCAGUUGAGAUAACAUUAUUUAACUAACAAACGAACUGCCAUUCUAUUUGAGUCAAGCAUACAAGAAUAUCAAAUCGCUCGUAGAUUAAUCGCAGUAUUUAAGCAAUUUUCAAUUUUAAUUUCGCAAAUGUUAAAUUGACUCAAAAAAGAAGCAAGAACAGUUUCAAUCUAAAUUAAAAAUUCUGCAUUUGUCUUUAAUGUAGUGAGCGCAUAAAAAAAAUAAAUUUUCUAUAUUUAUCCAAUAAUAUUUUAUGAAAUUUGACGAAUGUUGUCAUUUUGUUUUGAGAGAUAAAUAAUUGUGACGAAAAUAAAAAUGUGUUGAUGGAUGCAGAAAUAAUUUAAAUAAAAAGUUUUCUUUUCAAUUGUUUUUAUUAUUCAACUUGAUUGAUUUACAAUUGUGUAAGAAAAUCAAGUGAUCAAAAUAAUUUUAAAAUACUUUCAUGUAACCUUUUUCACUGGCAUGUUUGACUAUGCUGACGAUUCUUUUAUCA